GCACGAAUAGCCCCGCUGCAGGAUCAGUAAACUGAGCAUGUGGGCGAAAGUUUGUAAGCAAAGGAUCUCCAUCAUGAUGUAACGGAUAUUUCAGAUUGACAGAUCGUCUGUGGUUCAUGUUUCUGUCUGGAACAUUGAGUUCUCUUCCAAGUUGACUAUUUCGACCACAUCGUUCUAGAAGUUGAAACUUCAUAAUUUGCCACACUAAUUGAAGUCCAGACGGCUCACACUGAAGCAGCUUCGAAACUUCAUUUUCAAGAUGGCUAGCUCACUCCCAAGCACGAUGAAGGCGAUCAAGAUCACGGAGAAGAAUACUGCUGAGAUUCGAGAAGUGCCUCUGCCAAAGCUGAGGGAUGACUACAUGCUCGUCAAAGUCGAAGCCGUAGCAUUGAAUCCAACAGAUUGGAAACACAUCUACAAAAUCGGCAAAGGAGGAGAGACUGUUGGUGUUGAUUUAUGCGGCACCAUCAUCGAAAUCGGCCCCAAAGUAACAAAACCCUGGACCAAAAACUCCCGCAUCGCAACCUUCGUCCACGGCGGCAACACCUCCCAACACGAAGACGGAGCCUUCGCCGAAUACGCCAUGGUAAAAGGCGACCUAGGAAUCUCCCCUCCAGAUUCCAUGUCUUCCUUCGAAGCCGCAACUCUCGGAGCAGGAGUCAUAACUUGCGGUCAAGCCCUGUACCAAUCCCUCGGUCUCCCCUUACCCAACGACACCUCGGACAAAAAGGAAAGUUUCGCAGGAACGUUCGUUUUAAUCUACGGAGCCAGCACCGCAACAGGAACACUAGCAAUCCAAUACGCCAACCUCUCCGGCGCACGCGUAAUAGCAACAUCUUCACCCCAAAACUUCUCCCUCCUAAAAUCUCUCGGAGCAGAAGAAGUCUUCUCAUACAAAGAUCCCGAAUGCGCGGCAAAAAUCCGUCAAUACACAAACGACUCUCUUCAAAUAGUCCUCGACUGCAUUUCCGAAAAUAAUUCCCCUCAAAUCUGCGAAGAAAGUAUUUCUUCCGCUAAAGGUGGAGCAAUCUCUUAUCUCCUUCGAGCUCAACAUUCGAGAGAAGAUGUGGAGAAUAAGCAUACGUUGGGUUAUACUGUUGUGGGAGAAGCGUUUGAGAAAAUGGGGCAUUCGUUUGCUGCGAAGCCGGAGGAUUUUGAGUUUUCGAAGAAGUUUUGUGAGUUGACGGAGGGGUUGUUGAAGGAGGGGAAGUUGGUGCCGCAUCCGCAGGAGAAGAAUUUGGGUGGAAAGGGGUUGGAGGGUGUGUUGCAUGGGGUAGAGGAGUUGAGGCAAGGUAGGGUGAGUGGGAAGAAACUGGUUUAUGCGACUGGAGAGUGAUUUCAAGAUCCAAAGGAGAUGGGUGCGAAGAGAUGAGUAGAGGGAGCAAAGCGGUCAGA